UUCAAAAACGGUACAUAUAGAAAUCGUAUGGCCAUUUUAUCAAGAUCAACUUCUGUCUUCAUUUCUGGAAUAAUUUAUUGCUCCCUUUCUAUUAAUAUUAUUUUUCUUUCUAUAUUAUAGUUUAUUUUGUUGUUAUUUGUUUGGAGUCUAUGUUACAUGUACACGUACAUAUCCAAAAAAAUAAAUGAUAAUGGUAUAAUGAUAAUGUAAUGGGCCUUCGGGGGCCUAAAUGUUCAAUCAGCGGUGCCGUGUGUCGAUCUGCCCAGCAGAGGUCGCUGCAGCGCCUCAUGGUGUCUACGCUUGCGCAGUUUCUUAAUUUGGCCUCUGGUCUUUUUCAAGCGUUGAUGAUGAAGAUGAUGAUGCGCUGAAAAGCUUCGUCUGCUGUUCGCCGCUUCAUUUUCUUCCACUCUCAUCAUUUAACGUGUAAACCCCUUCAACCCCCCCGACCCGCUUCCUCGGCGCUUUCCGCUAAAUGGCUUCGGCGGGGAAACAGUGACGGACAUUCGCUGAGAAAGUUGUCCAGGGAGGAGUGAGAAUUCUGGGCUGCUGGAGUUUUCAGAUGGUUACAGAUGUGGGUGUCGUCCUCUACCUCUGGUCUCGGGUGCCUUGCUGCAUGACCUCAAAACAACAGAAUCAUCUACGACCUCGAAGCGUUGUCAUUUGGUCCUCCACCUCAUCAGGAGUAGGAGCCUCAGAGUUUUUCCCCCCAGUGGUAGAACACCUCCACUCCAGCCGGUGGAGGUGUUGAGGAGCUCCACGCCCCGCCUCUCUGUUUGCUCUUCUUUUUUUUCAGGAAUAUAUUUAGUCUUUUUCCUGGUGGGCUUUUGUCCGGUUCUACCGGCUGUGGGACUUUUCAAAACUGGGGCGCAAUUCAUGGGACACAACCAUGUCAGAUCUCGGUGAGCGCAGGUCGGUCAACGCGGACUACGCUGUCUCCCUGCUGGAGCAGCUGAAGUUCUUUUAUGAACAGAAGUUACUGACUGAUGUGGUGCUGUUGGUGGAGGACACGGAGUUCCCCUGUCACAAGAUGGUCCUGGCCACAUGUAGCUCCUAUUUCAGGGCCAUGUUCAUGAGCGGCCUUAGUGAAAGCAAACAGACGCAUGUCCACCUGAGGAACGUGGACGCAGCCACCCUGCAGAUCAUCAUCACCUACGCCUACACAGGCAACCUGGCCAUCAGUGACAGCACGGUGGAGCCGCUGUACGAGACCGCCUGCUUUUUACAGGUGGAGAACGUCUUGCUGCAAUGCAGAGACUAUCUGGUCAAAAAGAUAAAUGCAGAGAAUUGUGUUCGCAUGCUGAGCAUCGGUGACCUGUUCAGCUGCAGCGAGCUGAAGCAGAGCGCCAAACGCAUGGUGGAGCACAAGUUCCCCGUGGUGUACCGACAGGAGGCCUUCCUGCAGCUCUCGCACGAGCUGCUGGUCGACGUCCUGAGCAGUGACAACCUGAACGUGGAGAAGGAGGAGACGGUGCGGGAGGCGGCCAUGUUGUGGCUGGAGUACAACAUGGAGGCCAGGUCGCAGCACCUUUCCUCAGUACUGAGUCAGAUCCGCAUCGACGCGCUGUCAGAGGUGACGCAGCGCGCCUGGUUCCAGGGGCUGCCGCCAAACGACAAGUCGGUGGUGGUGCAGGGCCUCUACAAGUCCAUGCCCAAGUUCUUCAAGCCCCGCUUGGGCAUGACCAAAGAGGAGAUGCUGAUUUUCAUGGAGGCCAUGUCGGAAACGCAGGGGGAAGGCUACGUGAUGUGCGAGUCCUUAUCGACAACGGUGGUAUGUUACAGUCCGCAGGCGGAGAAAGUGUACAAGCUCUGCAAUCCACCUGGGGACCUGCAGAAGGUGGGGACGUUAGUGACCCCCGAUAACGACGUGUUCAUCGCCGGUGGACAAACCCCCCUAAAAAACUCUAUCAGCAACCACGGAAAGAGCAACAAGUUCCAGGCGGUGUUCCGCUCCGUCGACAGCUUCUUCUGGUUUGACGCUCAGCAGAACACUUGGGUUCCCAAAACCCCCAUGCUGUGUGCCCGAAUCAAGCCCUCGCUGGUCUACUGCGAGGGCUACAUCUAUGCAAUUGGGGGCGACAAUGUGGGAGGCGAGCUGAACAAGCGCACGGUGGAGCGCUACGACUGCGAGAAGGACGAGUGGAGCAUGAUGAGCCCGCUGCCUUUUGCCUGGAACUGGAGCACCUCGGUGGUGGCGCACGACUGCAUCUACGUGAUGACCCAAGACCUGAUGUACUGCUACUUCCCCCGCGCCGACACCUGGGUGGAGAUGGCCAUGCGCAAAACCAGUCGAUGUUUCGCCUCGGCCGCUGCUUUCGGUGACCUGAUUUUCUACAUCGGUGGUUUACACGUGGUUAGCAACUCAGGCCUGCGGCUGCCCACGAGCACCAUCGACGGCUCCUCUGUCACAGUGGAGAUCUAUGACGUCACCAAGAAUGAAUGGCGCUUGGCCGCUAACAUCCCUGCCAAGCGCUACUCUGACCCGUGCGUGCGGGCAGUGGUGCUCCUCAACUCUUUGUGCAUAUUUAUGCGAGAAACGCACAUGAACGAGCGCGCCAAGUACGCCAUCUAUCAGUACAACGAGGAACUGGAUCGAUGGUACCUGCGGCAGCCUGUGUCUGAGCGGGUGCUCUGGGACUUGGGUAAGGACUUCCGCUGUGCAGUUGGGAAGCUGUACCCCUCGUGUCUGGAGGAAUCUCCCUGGAAACCCCCCACCUACCUCUUCUCACCUGACGGGGCUGAGGAGUUCGAGGUGGACGGGGAGCUGGUGACCCUCCCUCAUGUAUAGCUCUGACGCUCCCCUCCAGCUCCUGUAAAUCUGAGUGAUGGACACGGAGGAGGGGAACGCUGAGUGUUUGAUGUUGUUGGUGUGGCAGCGGGGUCUCUGGACGAGUGGGCAAGCCCGUGGUCAGCACGCUCAGAGAGGACACUCUAAAA